AAACCAUAUCUUCCUAUUCAUAAAGUUAGGCCCUUUGCCUCUGAGAAAGAGAAAAGAAAUAUGCUAAAAAACAUCACAAAUUGCUCCAUGUCUGGCCUUAAGGUUACUUGCACUGUGAUGACUGGUGCCUUACUGGUGGCAACGCUCAUAGUUUCACCUUAUACGACAGAGGCAGCUCGUGCCUUCUUUGUAUUUGGUGACUCUCUUGUUGACAACGGCAACAACAACUACUUAGCUACUCCUGCUCGGGCUGAUUGUCCCCCUUACGGUAUUGAUUACCCGUCUCACCAGCCGACUGGCCGCUUCUCUAAUGGCUUAAGCUUUCCAGAUAUCAUCAGUGAAUCAAUGGGCUUGGAGCCAACAUUGCCAUAUCUGAGUCCUGAACUCAAUGGCCAGAAACUACUUAAUGGUGCCAACUUUGCUUCUGCUGGCAUUGGAAUCCUCAAUGACACCGGAUAUCAAUUUGUGAAUAUAUUAAGAAUGUGCAGUCAGUUUGAACUAUUCCAAGAGUACCAGGAAAGAGUUAGUGCAAUGAUCGGACAAGCUCAGGCUCAGCAGCUUGUAAACAAGGCAGUAGUUCUCAUAACAUUGGGUGGAAAUGAUUUUGUUAACAACUACUUCUUGCCCACGUUCUCACUGAGAAGGCAACAGUUUUUAAUCCCUGCUUAUUGCCAGUAUCUUGUCUCAGAGUAUAAGAAAAUUCUCGUGGAGCUGUACGAGUUGGGAGCUAGAAGGGUCUUAGUGACUGGAACAGGACCACUGGGUUGCGUUCCGGCUGAGCUAGCCUACUUUGGGAGCAGGAACGGAGAAUGUUCACCAGAGCCUCAAAGAGCUGCAGCAAUAUAUAAUUCUCAGCUCUUCCAAAUGCUUCAAAGACUCAACAGCCAAAUUGGCUAUGAUGUAUUUAUUUCUACCAAUGCAUUUGACAUGAACCUGGACCUGAUCAACAAGCCCCAAGAAUUUGGUUUUGUCACAUCAAAGAUAGCAUGCUGUGGGCAAGGACCAUACAAUGGGCUAGGAACAUGCACUGUACUUUCAAACCUGUGCAAGAACCGAGAUCUGUAUGUGUUUUGGGAUCCCUUCCAUCCAACAGAAAGAGCAAGCAGGGUAAUCGUGCAGCAGCUAAUGACAGGAUCCACCAAGUACAUGAACCCUAUGAACCUAAGCACAAUCAUGGCACUAGAUGCCAAUAUCUGAGAUAGUAUUAUGAUCUGUCAUUUCUAUAUCUACAUACUUAGGAGUUGCCUAUAUAUUAUGUAUUUCCUACUUUUAUGCCCAAAAUGGAGGUAUUGUGUUUGUUUGUUCUACUAUAAUGAUUUGUGUGUUUGUGUUUU